AUGAGUGUGAGCUGUGUUCCUGGUUAUGGGCCACCACGAGGCUCGGAUUAUCCAUAUAUCGACAAAGUUGUUCCAAGUACAUCAUCCGGCGAAAGAUAUAGUCGCGACGAUCUUCACAAUUGCCAAACCGUUAAUGGAGGAUAUAUGUUUUACACAAUUGGCGAUGCAGUUUUUGCUAAAGAUAUAUCUGGCUAUUUUUACAAGUUGAAUAAUACAACAAAACAUUUCGAAUGGUUUUCAGAAGGAUGGUUGGAAGAUAACGAAUUCACAAUCGGUCAAACAAUUCCAUCUGCUCCAACUUAUAUUAGCUAUAACAAACAUGGGCUUCCUGUAUUUCCUUUAAAUGACGAGAAACCGCCAAAACCAAUUUUACCGAAAAAUGAAAAAGGCGAAAAGGUAUUUCCAAUGGAUCCAACGAACUCGAUUCCAUUGUUUCCAAUCGACUUCUAUGGUGAACCGUGUCUUCCAGUAGGCGACGAUGGGCGUCCUAUCUUUCCGAUGGGUGCUGAGGGACGACCGAUUGUUCCAAUCGAUUCAUCCGGUAUCGCCGUAUUCCCGCGUAGUGCAGAUGGGCGUGUCUUGUUUCCCGAACGUGAGGAUGGACGCCCGAUUCCGCCAUACACGAUUUAUGGAAAUCCAGUAGUUCCUAUCAAAGAAAAUGGAGACCCUGAUCUCCCAGUGGAUGCAAAUGGAAAACCGCUUAUCUUCAUGGGAGGUGAUGAUGGUUUGACUCCGAUGACUGAGGAAGAAUACCAUCAGUGGCAAUACUCUAGUGCUAUGCGUGGGCAAGGAUUUCCGGAUGAAUAUGGCUACGAUGCUAAUAUGUACGAGAUGUCGCAAAAUGAGCAAGUAUUAGAGGCAUAUAAAGUCGAAUAUUAUAAACAAUGCGGUUACGAUGUCUCUUACGAGCAGGCUAUUGCGUCUCAUGGGCUGACUCAAACUCAACCGACGCAAGUCGACGUUGAGGCAGAAAAGAAAAAGAAACUCAUAGAAAUGCAGAUGAAAUCGUUGAAAAAGGCAAAGGGCCUUGAAAAGGCAGCCGAAAAGAAAGAACAAGAAAAGGCAAAUGAAAAGGGGACUCCAACUCCACCGCCGCAGCCAGCGGUUCCAGCGAAGCCUCCAUUGCCAAAUAAGGAAAAAGAGAGAGGAGAAAGAUAUAUACCGGAACCGAUAAGUUUGAAGAAAUACCGACGUGACUUUAGACGCGAUGAUCGAGUUGGCUUCAACAAUCGCGGUGGUUUCAAUAAGUUUCGCGGUGGGCGUCCGACUAACUACAGAUGGGAUAAUGGGCGACGAAAAAGUCGAUAUUCACGUUCGCCGAUCCGCAGAAGUCGUUCACGAUCGCGUUCGGCUAGCAAAUCUCGAUCCAGAUCGCCAAUUCGCGGAAGAGAUCGAAAAAGGAAGAGCUCGCAUGGAAGAUCGAGAUCGAGAAGUCUCACGUGGUCUCCAGAUCCGCGUGACAAACGAAGCAAGAAAAGAAGAGAUUCGACUAGUCGCAGCAGCAGCAGAUCAAGAUCUGCCAGUGAAACUGACGAUGAAAGACGCCGAAGGAAAGAAAAGAAAAAAGAGCGAAAACACGAUCGAAAAGACAAGAAAAAGAGCCGUCGCAGUCGGCACAGUGACGACGAUUCGCAUGAUGCAUGGUCUAUUGGUACGUACUCGAAAGAUUCCAAGGGCAACCCGUUAUCGGAUUCCGACAAUAAUCGAGCGUUUCCAUUCCGUAAAAAGCAAAAGCUUAUUACGGAAUCGAAUAUGGUCGCGAGCAAAUUGAAAUCGGAAGAAGCUAAAGUUGAAACUGUGUAUAAAGUGAAUGAUCUCAAGCAGCCUCAAUCUGAUGAGCUCGAGAAAAUUGAAAUUAUCAAAGAGACAAAAGCCGAAGAUUAUGAAGUUGAUCAAAUUGAACAACUAGAACAAUCUAAAAUCAAAGAACAGGAGAAUAUUCACAACAAAUAUCACGAAGAGAAAUAUUUAGACGUAAAUGAAGCAUCUCGCCAAAUGUUUCAGUUGAGGCGUCGUCGUGAAAUGGUUUUGCACUGGUUCGGAUCUCCCGAAAAGAUUAGAAACGAGCGACGAUUAGAAGACGAACGAAUGUUUGAGGAGCUGGUUGGUUAA